AUUCUUUUGAUGUUCAGGAAAAUAGUAUUCAGAUUUAGUACAUACAAUUUCAUUAAUGUUACUCAAAAGGGAAAGGUUGCUUUGAUCUAAUUCAACAGACCAAAAGCUAUGAAUGCCCUAUGUGAUGGAUUAAUCAAAGAAUUAAACCAAGUGACUUAGGAAAUUGACUCUAAUCCUGAAUAUGGAUCAAUUGUUAUCACAGGAAAUGAAAAGGCAUUUGCAGCAGGAGCUGACAUUAAAGAAAUGUAAGACAAAUCUUUCCCCUAAGUUCAAAACAUUUAAAUGCUUGCAUGUAAUGACAUUAUCAUCUUUAGCUUGGGAAAACUUGACCAAUAUUAAAAAACCUAUUCUCGCUGCAGUCAAUGGAUAUGCCCUAGGUGGAGGAUUUGAAUUGGCUAUGAUGUGUGAUAUUAUUUAUGCAGGAGAGAAUGCUAAAUUUGGAUUACCUGAAGCUACACUUGGAACCGUAAGAGAUACUCAUAUUUUAUUAGAUCCCAGGUUGUGGAGGAACACAAAGACUAAUAAGAGCAGUAGGAAAAUCAAAGGCCAUGGAAAUAACACUAACUGGAGAAUUCAUAGAUGCACAAACUGCACUAUCUUAUGGAUUAGUCAGCAAAGUCUUACCAGUAGCAAACUUAGUUGAGGAGACUCUAAAAGUGGCUGAGAAAAUUGCUUCAUUUAGCAAGUAUUUUAAUUAGAAUCAUAAUUAAUAGACCUGUUGCUGCAUUGAUUAAGGACACGAUAAAUGAAGCAGAGAAUAUUGGAUUGAGAGAAGGAGUGAAAUAUGAAAGAAAAGCAUUCUAUUCUACAUUUGCAACCUAAGACAGAAAGGAGGGAAUGAGUGCAUUUGUAGAAAAGAGAAAACCUUCUUGGACUGAUAAUUGAGGAUUAUAAAAUAUUAUAAAUAAUUAAU